AUGAGUGUCCAAGGCUGGGAUCUCCUAUUCCAAUAUUUUCGUGAUAUUGUACCAUGGUACGGUCUCGGUUAUUUUGCCUUUCAAUUUGAAGACUUUCUUGCUGUGAACACUCUGAUUGCGUGCCAGAGAUACGGUCAUCCUGAUGAUCAUGGUGAUUAUCGAUGUUGGUAUUCCCCCGAAAAAGACACUGGCCAGGAAUGUAGACUCGCCGUGCUAAACGGAUUUAUCGCCGUCACAAAGGGCUUCUCUAAUGCCCCUAUCCAACCCAUUAAAGUCGAAGGCGACAUCGUGAAAGAGAGGGUGUCACGAUGCUACCUCGUGGGGAGGAUUAGCAAGAACGACACUCUAGCCCUAAGAUUGGCAGAGGAAUUGAAAGAAAGAGUCGCAAGGUUUCAAGUUUUACUGUACGACCCAGAACUAGAAAUUGGAAACCGGAAGCCCAUCCCGCCUUAUACCGCAGACGAGCUCGCGGACACCUGGAUUACACGAUUUCGAACUGCACCAACAAAAGAUUUCGAGCAGCUUUCAUCACAACCUUGGACGGUUGAAUGUUCCUUGGAUGAUAUACUCAGCGACGUCGCGUCUAUCAAUUUUUUUGGAUACGGAAGCAUGGCGAAAAACUACUAUGAAUUUAUCAUCAUCGACAGAACCCCGGGAAGGACAUUCAAUCUUCUCGAUAUAGUGGCGGACGCAUUACAGAAGUUGAAUAAAGACCCUCCCUACUCGGAAAUUUUCCGCCAAGCGACCCAGAAAUACCUCCCAGUUGAUGAACGAGACGAUUUUCUUAGAGCACUUGUAGAAGUAAAUCCGGACUCUGUUCCACGACUCCCUUUUCCCAACCAGUACGUUAGCAAUCGCGUUCGAUGCUGGAACGCCGUUAAAUCCUUUCAGACUAUCCUCAAAUCCGCUAAGCAGGAUAGACCUCUCAUCCUCAGUCCAUUUGAGUCGCGAUUCAUCUCCAACGUUGUAACGGAUUUAGAGUCACACGGGGUCAUCACGAGGAUAUCGGAAUACGAAAGACCCUACACCCUCCCCAUCAUCAUGAGCGGAACCGACGGAUAUGACGAUAUAUACUUCAAUUACAAAUUUACUUCCUCAGUUGAGCGAAAUAUUUCCAAUUUGAACCCUCCGAGAAGGAACCUUCUCGAGUUCUCCAAGGCCUACAAGCGGGAUCACCCCAACGCUGUAUUUGCCAAAGGAAGAAUUAAUGUUCACUACUGCGCGUGGCCACUACCGAUGCCGGCGCAUUUUCAGUCUCUCCACUUCGAGACACCUGAGGGCCGUAUAUAUAGGUGGGAGGUGCUGCCAUUUGAUCUCCCAUUAGCUUCUUGCUACUGGCAAUCGAUCGUUAAUCGUGAAAUCAACGACAAAUUGCCAUUCGCAUGCCUUGUAGACACAACAUUGGUUGUCUGUGCGGAGAACCGUGAAACUUUGGGUACGAAUCUUAAAGCACUAUCUGACAUCGGCAAGAAGUUUAAGUGGUCAUUUUCUAUUCCGGAUCCUUCAUCAGCCUCGUGGGCAACCGAUUUUAGGCAACUAGGACUUGGGGCUUUGUGGGAAGGGGUUCGACCCGCUUUGGCCCAAGCUAUCGACGGGGACGCCAUCAAAUAA